AUGAAUAAAACAGUAAAUAUGUUUGGUGGUAAUAAUAAUAGAGAAAAUGAAAAAAUCAAACAAACGAAAAAAAGAAAAGGAGGUGCGGAAAAGGAAAGGGAAAAAAAGAAAAGACUUUUGGAUAAAAGCGCGGAGAGUUGCCAUACCAUAUCAGAAUUAUUUGCUGCAAAACAAAGAUUGGUGAAUUUGCAAAACGCCAAAGAUAACGAGGCAUCAAAAAACAAAGAAAGUGUUGAUGCUCUUGAACUAGAAAACAAAGAAAACGACAUUUCUCAUUCUCAAGAAUUUCAAGAGGCACCUACAAAUACAACUUCAAAUUCAAAUGAAGAGGCAACUGAUGAAUUGACUCCUUUCGAAAUGGUUGAGCAAAACGUAGUAUCUCUAGCUUCAGCUCCUGUUAGUUCUUUUCAAGAAAAUGUGAAUGCAAAAGCCAAUGAUCAACAGGAAGAAAUCAGCGAAGGUGAAGAUAGGGACCAGGUAGAGGUUUGUUCCUUUAAAAAACCAUCAAACCUAAAAGAGCUGCAACUGUUCCUAAACAGCCACCCUCAACAACCCAUUGACCUUGUUGAAAGUAAUUACAAUGCCCGUUUAAUAUAUUUCAGAAAAUCUGGAUCUAGAAGAACAUGGGUAAGUUUCAACAGUUCAGAAAAAAUGGUUCACUGUUGGGUGUGCUUAGCUUUUGGUAGAGAUACUGGGGUGAAUAGUUUAGCUGCUGGUAUUAAUUAUUCUGUAAAACAUAUAUACACCAGACUUGAAGAGCAUGAAUCAACUAAAGGCCAUAUACUCAGUACCGAAGCUUACUUAAUACAUAAGAAAAACAAAGAUGUGCAUAAUUUGCUUUUUUCAAGUGCUGCAGAAAGAAGAGCUAAAUUAGAAAAUAACAGGAAAAUUCUAGAAAGGGUGAUCGAAACCAUAAAAUUAGUUGGAAAACGUGGUCUAAGCUAUAGGGGCGAUAGCCAGAAUGAAGCGGCAUAUUCCUUGCUAAAUGAGAAUAUAGAUCACGGAAAUUUUCUAGAAAUUGUCUUAGUAAUUUCAAAAUUUGAUCCGUUAUUGCGAAAACAUAUUGAAGAAGUUGCGGUAAAAAGUCAAACCCGUCUUCAAAGAGUAGGAAGUCAUUCAAAAGGCAGAGGUAAUUUGGUAACCUUUUUGUCAAAGUCAACGGUCAAUAACAUAAUAGCUGCAAUAUCAAGCCUUAUUAUGCAAAAAAUUGCGAUUGAAGUUAAAAAUGCCAAAAUAUAUUCUAUACAAAUUGAUACUACUCAAGAUAUAAAUGUAGUUGACCAAUGUUCUAUAAUUAUCCGAUAUGUGAAAAGUAAUAAAACGUCAGGAAUGGAUUUGUUACAAGCCUACCGCAUGGUCGAAGAUACGAUAAAAACCCUCAAAACAUUUUCUCGAGAGUUUGAUAAAGUCGUGGUAGAAACGGAAGAAUUUAUACUCAAAGUGAAUGGGCACUUUAUGGAAAAGGAAAUUCCGCUGGAGGUCAACAGAGAAAUGUGUGCUAGAAGGAGAACACGAAAAAAGAAAUUCCACGAUGAAAAUUGUGAAGAUGAAGCACUCCAAAAUCCAGUGGACAAGUUUCGAGUAGAAGUUUUCAAUGUCACUAUGGACAAAGUAAUUAAUGUCUUAGAAGCUAGAUUUGGGAAGCAUAAAGAAUUGUAUGAGGACUUCGAGUGCUUUCACCCUUCAAAUUUCUCUAAACUUCAAAGUUUCUCGACAAACAUUCUCCAAAAAGUUUGUGAAAAGCUAACCAAGUUUUAUCCUGAUAUCAUAGAAGAUAAUCUACAAAUGGAACUUUUAGAUUUUGGUUCCAAGUGGAAUACGUUAUCAUCAGCAUUGCCAGAAGAAAGAGAAAAUACCAAAGAAGAAUUUAUACAAGAUGAAGCUGGAGCAGAAAAUAACACUUCGCAUAAGUUCUGCAAAAACUGUAUUAGUUGUUGUUACUAUGUUUUGCAGAAAUACAACUUAUAUGCCGAGGCAUACCCUAAUCUAGAAAAAGCUUAUAAAUAUUUACUUACUCUUUCCAUUUCUCAAGUAGCCUGUGAAAGGUCGUUUUCCAAAUUAAAGUUUAUUUUCAAUAGAUUAAGAAGCUGUCUGACUCAAGACUACUUAGAGGCUUUCAUGCUUAUGUCUUGCGAAAAAGAUAUUUUAAUGUCUAUUGAAAAUAACGAAAUUGUGAAUUAUUUGACAAAUCACUGUAAAGGUUUAAGGGAGCAGCUCAUUUAA